AUGUCGAUAGGAUGUGUGGUAAUCCUUCUCGCCACCGUGAUCAGCUGUGCUCACAUGUGUUCACACUGUGAGCCGUGUUUCACCUGCUCCAAUGGGAAUGAACCUUACCUAUCCGGCCAACAGCUGACGUCACUUAAGCAACAUGAGUCAGAGAGAAGGAGAAAGAAAGAAGAGAGAAAGGAGAGAGAGAGAGAGAGACAUGCAGAUUCACUUUCGGUGGAAGGUUCAUCAAGCAAGCCAUUGGAGGAGACUGGGACUCGUUCAAAAGAUAUCUUGCCUGGAAGUUUAGGACUAAGUGGCAAAGAACGCUUAGAAGAUAACACAACUGCUGAAAUAGGAACGGGAGCUUCAGAUCAGGAAUAUAAGCAGAGGAAACGUAGACAUGAGAAUGAUGAGGAAGCCGAUGAUGCUGAGACCGACGAUGACGAGGGAACCUACGAUGACGACGAAAGAGGCGAUACCGAAGCUUUUAGUGAAGAAGCAGAAACAAUGUGCUCCGCAAGAGAAGUUGAAUACCCGGUCGUUCUCUAUAUCAACGCUGCUGGAAAUUUGGUACAACUUAUUCGGAGCGAGUCUUAUUACCAGCCUCUCGUUAAUGAGCGAUGUUCACUAUUUACUUCCAAUGUCCUCUCUAUUGCCAUGGCAAUGCAGGUUGUAACCAUGGAUACUGGUAAAGGAGCAUCAUUGCUGUCUCAAGCCCCAGCAUAUGUAGCAGAAUGUUCUCACGAGUAUGAUGGGUUCAUCAUGCCAAAGAUGAUGCCAGCUAGAUGCAUUGAAUCUGCCAAAAACUUCAAAGUCAGGGAUGAUGAUCUCUUUCUAACAACUUAUCCUAAAUCAGGUACGACAUGGGUGCAGCAGAUUGUUCUUCUCAUUCAUCAUGACGGUGAUAAAUCCAAACUUGAAGGCAAACACAUCUUCUCGAUGGUCCCAUUCAUAGAGGCUGUUGUAGGCAUGAGCAAAGAUAAUGCCGACACCGCACGCAUGCAGUCCGAGGUCGCAGAAGAGAAACCGUCGCCGAGGAUCCUGAAGACUCAGCUCCCACCUCGCUUGCUCCCUGCGAGCAUCCACGACGGGUCAAAGGGCAAGGUCAUUUACAUCGCCAGGAAUCCCAAAGACAUGAUGGUGUCCUACUUUCACUUCUGUAAGAUAACCGCCAAUCUACCGACCUAUGACUCCUGGGAUGUCUUCUUCGAAGAAUUCAUGGCCGAUAGAGUACCAAGAGGUUCCUGGUUUGAUAGCGUACUUUACUGGUGGAAGAGGAAGGAUGAUCCAACAGUGCUCUUCCUUAAAUUUGAAGAUAUGAAAAAGAGUUUAAAGGGAGCAGUCAAGCAGAUCAGUGAGUUCAUGUGCAAGUCUUUGUCUGACGAAACCAUCGAGAGCAUCGUAGAGAGUAGUACAUUUGACGCCAUGAAGAAGAACAGGAACUCCAAUCCUGAUAGUCUACCCCAGCUUCAGGCUGAUGCUAGUAAGAAGAAGACAUUCUUGAGGAAAGGUGUUGUUGGUGACUGGAUGAAUUUCUUCGGUGAUGAACAGAACGAACGCUUUGAUGCGGUCUACAAGGAGAAGAUGGCUGGAUCUGGCCUGGAUUUUGUUUUCCAACAGGAUUAGAUAUCUGUACUUGGACUUAUACAGGCCUUCGGGGAACAACACUACAAGGACUACAUUCCUGGUGCUAAAUUUCUUUCUUAUAUAUUUAUUGUAUGUAACUGUAAGUCACUUUUCGCUAGUGCUGGUGGAAAAAACAUAUUUUUUCUUCUUCUCAAAGACAAAAUAUGUUUGUUUUGUGCUAGUGGCAUGGCAAAGUUGCUCCAAUGAAUUGGCUGAAUUAUUACUAAAAUUAUUGAAAAUAUUCUUGCUUGAAUAAGAGUAGUUGUAAGUAACCCUGUAAGUUGGGGCUUUGAUCGGAUCGGAAGAUUGGAGCGACACCCUCGCACCUGUGAUCGGUAUUUUGGAUUAUAAUUUAGGCAUGCAUUAUAGAUCUAAGAUGGCGUCCCGCAUGUUUUGCCUCCUGCUUAGACCAAUAUUAUUAAUUUCAAAGUCAUGAAAAGAUACUAAAUAUCAACCAACAUGGUCUACAAUAACUCCAAAUGAUAAAAUAAUCCCAGCUACGCAUUUUUUAAAAGCAUUUGAUAGCCAAACACUUGACAUUUUUCGGCAUUAAACAAAAUAAAAAAUUGCCAAUCAUUUUUAUUGAUCGGCGAUCGGAAAUUAUUAUCCGAUCUCACCUGAUCGGCUCAAUAUCGGCCCCUGAUCCAAUGAUCGGUUACAGGCCUAGUUUUAAGAGUAGUUGUUCAUUACUAUGUCAAAAUUGUUUGGCAAUGUCCAGUAUGAUUGGACGGCUGAAAAUAUCUAAGGUGUACAAAAUACCGACUUUCACUUUAAAAUGGGUCUGUGUAAUUGUUGAUUAUUGUUCAUACCUCUUUGCCAGUCAACUCUGUACUAUGCAUGAUAUUAUAUGAAGAUGUAUUUUUUCAUGGUGGAAAGAAUUGAUCAGAUAUUGAUGUCGAUGAGUAUAUUAUAUUGAUGUCAAAUUUAACACGUAUCAUACCAAAAAUUGAUGAAGUACUCCAUCGUAAUAUACAAAAUGUGUGUUGCCCCCCCCCCCCAAAAAAAACCUCUGCAAAUAUACUUUAGAACAAAACCGGUAGUUGUAUGUGCCUUCAUUGAUACUAAUUAUUACUGUUAUUUCUAUUAAGCAAAAUACAAUUAUGAAACAGUGAAUCAAUGUUGCAAUCAACUUGCUAAUUUGCAUCAAAUUUGCACAUUUAUAAUGAAAUAAAAAUAGACUAGCCUUUUAUCUGUGGACGAAAAGCACAGAUUAUGUGUUUCCUGUACUUUAAUGAAUCACCAUAGUCUGUGGUCGGACUGUUUCCUGAUGUUAUGUAAUAUUUCCUGUAUAAUUAUAAGUAUCAAUGGUGCUUCACUUGAUUUGUUGUCUGACAUGAUCAGAUGUACAGUAAGAUUAACAUAUUAAGAAUGAGAAAAACCCAAGGUUUUACAAUGAAUUUCAGGCUCUUCUAAAAAAGAUGAAGUUUUUUUCUCUAUCAGUGAACCAGGGGGAGGGAUGGCAAGUGCCUUCCAGCAAAACCAAGAUUUGCUAUUGAGAUCUGUAUAGUAGAAUAGUAAAGUAAUUAUGGUUUAUACUUGCUCCUUACUAUCCUUCAAAUAAAUGCAAAGUUCUACGGGUCAUAUGUGCUCAUUUCAGGUGGAAUCAGCAGAGCUUAUAACUGCCAGGAAACUACAACAUUUUUCUGAAAAUGUUUCUUUUCUUUGUUCUGAUUAUUAUUAUUAUUAGUUUCAUUAAUAUUAUUAUAUUAUUAGUAUUAUAUCUCCUUCUUUCUUGAUAGAUUGAGAGAUACCCUUGCAUCUCUCCAGAAAGGCUUUAUAAUUAUUAAAUAAGGAGGCUUUAAGAAAUUAAAUGGCCUAUGUCCAUUUUAGAUUUGUGUUUGUUUAUUCUGUCUAGAUAUGAACGUAAUUCGGAUAUCAUCAGUAUAUCGACUAGUUAUAUUCUUUGUGUGAAUUGUAAAGUUACAUUGACAUUUUUUUAGCAUUUGUUCUUGGGUAUAUUGACCAAGUAUAAUACUUUCUUGACAACCGGAUAUGCCAUUGACCAAACUCACCAAAGGUAAUGUUUUGUGUGCUGUUAUUUUUUAUAUUGAUCAUAAAUAAUUCUAUGCUGAAUAUUAUGAAUGUUAUUGAUAGAGUUAGAUGACAUCAUGUGAGAAAUUUUAUUUUAUUUAUCAUUAAGUUUUUCUCUGACCAAAGAUUUUGUGAUAUGUAAUGCCAUAUGUGUUAUUGAUCAAAGCUGUCAUGUGUGAUAUUGAAUGAAAGAAAAUAUAUCAUGUGAUAAAUAUACUUCAAAGUAAAA